AUGAAUCGAUCUGAGCAAGCAAAAUCAAGAACCCUCGCUCAGUACUUGAUGACAGCAGUAGUCAACAUGCAGCCUCUGUCGGUUUCUCUUUUCCUCUUUCUGCUGCCGGUCUUCGGAAUCUGUGCCAGCAGCGAAGACGCACUGAGCACGGCAAUUUGGAACCACAAAACGGCGCUGCAGAUUCUGGAACGAAUGAAAGCAGAAAGCGCAACAUCCAGUGCAGGUCUGAUGAAUUCACGGAAUUGUUCCUCAACGCAAUCUGGGAAUAGUACAACCACUGAGCAAAAGGAGAUUUUUCUGUCCGCGACCGUGAAAGAGACCAUCGUGCUGGAAAAGUCCGCGAGACUUCUCGUCCUUCGCAGAAGUGCUGCGCGCGUGCCGUCGGUCGUAGUGGUUGGGAAGGAAAGAAACAGUUUUCACGUCUUGAACCCAGACAACGGAAGAGUUCUCGGUUCGUGGGAUGGAACGAGGCUUGCUUUACCACCAAAAGAACAAGAAGAGGAUGCUCGUACUAGCAGGUCAUCGCGACAGGUUUUCACUUCAAACGCCACAUGUUCAAGUGAGGAUCGCAGUGCUCCUGCUGGUUCUUGUGAGAAUUCUUUUAACAAAGACGAACUUGGCAUAACAGCGGACGAACUCCGGAUCAUACAGGCGGAAAUACUACCUGCAGAUGAUGUUGAAACUGCCUUGCCAGUAGCCGAGCCUCUGCCGCGGCGCCUCUGGCCCGCUGGGCCGUUCGACGUUACAGGUUCGCAGAACGAGGACAAGUUGCUGGCGUAUGAAACUGUAGACGGCAGUAUCGUUAUCGUCCCUGUCUUGGUAAGUGUCAAACUCCCAGUCGAACAGCUUGUCGUGCGGUUUGGAACGGCUCAGAUUGUCCCCACGAAAAAAGAUUUGUUCGGAAUAAAGCAUGCGAUAUCGAGCUCAGGAAGUGAACCACAUUUCGCUCCCUCUGUCCCCCCGAGAAGAAGCCAUCGUAGUAGACUGGGCCGCCGACUCAAUCUGACGGAUUACUUGCUGCAAUUGGAAAAGGAAAAUCAAAGCGGCGGGGCCGUCGGCCUAGAAAAGUGCAGUAGCAGCUUCGACGCAGGUGGCGCUUUGGUACAACUUGAAAGUAGGAGCAACUGUACAAACGGUAACGAGGUAGGAUUUCUGCAGAACACCAUCAAUGCAGAGUCUACACAGGAGAUCAGAUUCAGUCAGGACAGCCGUUUUCUAUUCACCGGACUUCGAGCAGCAAUCAGUCCUGCGAGAAACACUUCACAGUUCGUCCCUGGCGCCCUUCGAAUCCAGAACCGUCGCGACGGCGCGAUUGUGCAAGACGUUCGCUUGUUUCCCGAAUCUGUUUUCAAAAUCGAGACCCCGCCCGGUAGCAACGCAAUUUUUUACACCAAGCACCAGGUCGGCCUCUACGGUUCCUUCGCGACGGAGUGGCAGGCGAAGCCGUGCAAUUUGCCGGCCGGUGCGAUCAGCACCGUCGCCGCCCACUCCGACGGCACUCGUGUCUUCGUCGGGUUCGAGAAUACCACGCGGAUUGCAGUGCUGAGAUUGCGGGAAAAGGUGUCCUCGCCGGACGACCACCAGACCGUUGGAACAACGGCGCGAAGGAACAUGUUCCAAGACCGUACUUGCGCGGUCGUGGAGCAAUUCACGUUUGCGCCACAGCAAGCACAGCUCCACGCCAGCUUUUCGAGGAGGAACACCGGCGACAGACGGAGCAAGCUGCUUUUCCCGGCGACUAUCCCGGGAUACUCAAUAACUUCCAUGGUGCACUUGCCGACGAACCGGCGCGUCGUUGUUGCGGCUACUAACACCGGUGAGAUCUUCGCCUUGUGUUUGAUUUCACGCGAAACAAUCCCGCUCUUUUCUCUUGCGACUUCCGAUUUGUUGUACAACAGCGAAGAAAAUGAAGGACGACCAAAAGAUGCGGCUUGGUCCAGCACAAGUCAGCAAAGAGAAAUAUCAAAGCCUGUUUCAGCAUUAUCGAAAGUUGAAGUGCAGCUUCUCUACGACCGGAAAGUGCCACCCUUCCUUGGUGCGCACGUGAAGACAUCCGCCAGGUCCCUGCUCCUCCAGUUUCCCAUUGCGGUCCUCCGAGACACUGUUUUCCGCCACUGCGUCCUUGGAGAUGGGGGUAGCAACAUUGCGCGGAACGUCAGCCGGAAACCGCCAGGUUACGUCUCUUGGUGGACGCACUUCGGGAAUUACUAUCAAAUGCAAAUAUGUCUGGGUCUGGAAACUUGUGACGCUAAGAUGUGGACGAUGAAAACAGAUCUGAAUGCAGUCUAGCAUGACCACUUUCGAGAACGCUUUCUCAUAGGCAAUCCGCAUGAGAAGCUGCGUGUUUGCAUAUACAAAAGAGGCUGCGACUUUUGUUGGGUAUGGGAUACAGAUGUCCUAGAUAUGGAGAGCCAGCAUUGCAAGUUCCAACCUUGCAGACCCAGACAUAUUUGCAAUGCAUAACUACCCGCGCGUGGCCAUUCUCUUUUGGACGUUGCUCGCGGUGCUAGUGCGGCAUGCGUGGAGGUACGAUCCAAAGAAAGGUGGUGCGCAGGAGAGUGAGAAGAAGGAGGAGCGAGGUUUUGGGGAAGAGGAGUUUUUUGGAAAUGGAAGAACUGGCGCGUCUGCUUCGUUGCGGGCACAGAAUUCCAGUCGUGGAAAUAUUCUCCAAGAAGAGCCAAAUCGUGAAGAGGCGGGAGUGAACAAACGAUAUCCGCAGAUCAACGAUCCAGCCGCUUUGAAUGCCUUUUUGAAGAAAUUUUCGGAAGGGAAUGCAGCUGCACCUUUCGGCGAUUUUAUUGAAGAGGAUGGAAAGGGAAAGUCCUCUGCAAGCAGAACGACAGCAGGAG